ACGGAGCCAUCUUGUUUUAUUUCUGUACUGGGUAUGUUGGUGGUAGUCUCAAAGUAGGUGCGCGGGGAUCAAAUUAUGUAGUAUAUCGUUUGUGCUAUAUGUGUUUAUAGUAGUAGUUACACUAUGGGCCACGUUUUUUUCGAUUAUAAAAUAAUGAAUAGCUAGAUCGGAUUUGGUUGCACGUUCUUGGCGAGGGUGUGCUAGUUCAUAUUCUCGGUUAUUUUCUUUCUGUGUGGGUGAACUACUAUGAAUGGAGGAUAAAUGUUGCCGAAGGCUGACAGCAGCAGUUUCGUCCUUGUCUUGUCUCUCCUGUUUGUUCUGACUCUGACGGAUCCACCACGGACAGGCCCUCGACUAGCGUUGGCCAGGCUACUGUCAGAGCAGCGUUGCAGCCCUGGCCAGUUUGCCUGUCGCAGUGGGAAGGUGCAGUGUAUCCCUUUGGACUGGCAGUGUGAUGGCUGGAAUGCCUGUGAUGACAAGAGCGAUGAGAUGGACUGCCCUCACAUAAAGGAGGAGCGGAAUCGCUACGGCAACAGCUACGACCAGGUGGAAGAUGUGAUGGGUGUGGCCCAGCCUGUGCGCUUCAACAAGAAGUGCCCGACUGGCUGGCACCACUACGAGAGGACGGCCAGCUGUUACAAGGUGUACCUGCGCAGCGAGAACUACUGGCAGGCGGUGGACACCUGUCAGAAAGUCAACGGGUCGCUAGCCACCUUCGUCACCAACGAGGAGCUGCAGUUCAUCUUAAAGAUCGAGGAGGACUUCGACGAGAAGGUCUGCGAGAGGAAGGACCAGUGCAAGUUCUGGGUGGGCUACCAGUAUGUGGUCACUUAUCAGAACCACUCGUUCGAGGGACGCUGGGAGGUUGCCUACAAAGGCCCGAUGGAGGUGAUCCUGCCCCCAGAGGGUCUGACCAGCUUGUUGCGUGAGGCGGCGCCCCCCCAGGACAACGUCUUCUGCGGUCAGCUGCAGCGCUUCCAGAUGCGGAGCAUGAACGAACAUGGGCUGCACAGCUGGCACGCAGAGAACUGCUACAAGAAGUUCCCCUUCCUCUGCAAGAGGAGACAGACUUGCGUGGACAUCAAGGACAACGUGGUGAACGAGGGCUACUACUUCACGCCCAAGGGCGAUGACCCAUGCCUGAGCUGCACGUGCCACGACGGCGAGCCUGAGAUGUGUGUGGCCGCGCUGUGUGAGCGCCCGCAGGGGUGCCAGCACUUCCGCAAGGACCCCAAAGAGUGCUGCAAGUUCACCUGCCUGGAUCCAGAUGGCAGUAGUCUGUUUGACUCCAUGGCCAGUGGCAUGCGUCUGAUAGUCAGCUGCAUCUCUUCCUUCCUCAUCCUCUCUCUGCUCCUCUUCAUGGUCCACCGCCUCCGACAGAGACGCCGCGAACGCAUCGAGACCCUCAUCGGGGGCAACCUUCAUCACUUCAACCUGGGCCGGCGAGUGCCGGGUUUUGACUACGGGCCAGACGCCUUCGGGACGGGCCUGACUCCCCUGCACCUGUCAGAUGACGGUGAGGGCGGGGCUUUCCACUUCCAGGAGCCGCCCCCACCCUACGCGGCCUAUAAGUACCCCGACAUCCAACACCCCGAUGACCCCCCGCCCCCCUACGAGGCCUCCAUCAACCCUGACAGCCUCCUCUACGUGGACCUGGCGAGGAACGGUAUGCCGGUGAGCAUGGGUCAGAUGAGCAUGGUGGACGCGGGCGUUGCAGGUGAGGGUUCGGUUCUGCCCCCCCUCCCUCCGCCCCCCGCGCCUCAGGAGCGCGAAGACUCCAUCGACAGCAGCACCUUCCUGGUGGCCCCCGACACCCCCACCGAGAGCAGGGGCCCUGGGGGGCCACAGGAGCCCUCAGACUACAGCAGCGCCCCCUCUCUCAGCACAGUGGUAUAGACCUGCAGCGGGACAGAGAGCGAGAGAUGGAGAGAUGAACAGACCGAGAGAUGGAGGGGGUGGGGAGGGAGAGAAGGGGGCUGGAGGAGGAGGAGGAGGAGGAGGAGGUGGUGGUGGAGAUACUUCAGUGAAAUGAGAUCAAAAGGAAGGAGAUGAGAAGCUCUACGCUCUUUUCAUCCAAGAGACGAGAGAUGGCGGCUAAACUCGUGGAGACACUAAAGAGACCGAAACGAGAGCCCACAGAACAGCGAAGGAGGUGCUCUUCACUUGGGCACACACGAAUGAACUGGGACUGUGUGUGUGUGUGUGUGUGUGAGUGUGUGUGUGUGUGUGUGCGCGCGCCUGCCUAUGUGUGUUUACACGACGUGACGGGUGCGUUUCUGUACAGAACUGAGAUCUUGUGAGAUUUCCCCGAGAUCGGACACUACUGAGGCUGACCGUUGGUUUUGCUUUGUGGUGAUUCUUUUUUUGUUUUGUUUUUAAGCAGACGAAGCAGCUUGUACGUGUCAUUUGGUUGUGGUAGGUCCCCUCAGCGUCCUCCUCCCGCGCACGCACUCCUGUACAUAUGGGCCCCGGCCCCUCGCCUGGCUCCUACGGCUCGCUCGCUCGCUCUUGCUUUUUGUUGUUGUUUAUUGUUUGUUGUUGUUUUUUUUUUUUUUUUUUUUUUCGAUUUCUCCUCCCUGUCCCAUAGUCCUCCACCUGUUGCCCACGGAGACCGGAUGGGCACACCCGCAUCACAAAGACUCACGGGUAGUCACGGCAACGUCGGCCACAGAACCGGAUGGACGGACUUGUUGCUGCGGCAGGCGUGACCUUUUUAACUAUGCCCUUUUGAGUUGUGCUGGCCUUGCAGGACCCGGUCAGAUUCCCGAGGUCAGUAGGCAUGGUGAGGAUGGCAGGAACUUGGGGCUGGCCACGUGACACGUGUGCCGCAGCACGGUAGCUUCCUAUUGGCCUCACGCUCAGCGUUAGUGGUACGGACGUGUGUGUGUGUGUGUGUCGCAGCACGGUAGCGUCCCAUUGGCCUCGCACCCAGCGUUAGUGGUACGGACGACACCAGACAGACCACCGUCCGCCGCCGGUGUCCUCGAGACUUUCUGUCUGGGUCGUCAUUCCUUCCUGUUUUGUUUCUAUUGUCUGUUGUGGUACUAUAAGCACACUCGUGUGUGUGUGUGUGUGUGUGUGUGAGUGUGUUUGUCUGUCUGGUUACUGAGUUGUGGUGAUAAUGAUGGAUCAUGAUCAUUAGGUUUUCUCUUGGAACUGUGCCUCAGGACAUACACCGAAAACACACUCUCACACACGUAUACUCACUACAGUAAUAAAACUGCAGUGGAGACUCUACUGUUCAUGCGAACCAGCCAAUAGGAGCUCUGCAGUGUGAAGCGGCUUGUGUGAUUGGCUGGCCCUGAAGAGCUGUGUGUGUGGUGGUAACAACAGCUCCAUCUGGUGGAUGAGUGCUGCCAUCAGCUCACACUAAGGUGUGUGAAUGAGCGAGCCUGUGUGUUUGUAUGCGUUUGGUUGUUAUUGCUUAUUUUGUUGUUUACUUUUGUUUUCUUUUCAAUUGUACUUUUGUCAAACGUAUGCCAUGCAGACUAUGACCUCUUCACUAGUCUUUUGCUUUGACUGUAUGUAUUUGACACCGCAUGUGUAGCGAACAUGAAAAGGCUAUUGACUUUUUUUUUUCCUCAGUAUUUUGCACAUGACUCUCUUUGCUAUGCUGUUUCUUUAUUUGUUUUGACUGGUCAGUCCUGCAGGCAACCAUUAAAGACUUCAGGGGUCAGAGGGCUGAGGUCAGGGCUUCUUUAACACCAUAGGUUCAGGACUUUUGUGAUCGUUUGACCAUAAUCUGCAUGUUUGUUCAUUUAAGCUGGUUGACUGAUGACCCCCCCCCCCCCCCCCCCCCCUCAUUCCCAUCCGUCGGUAGGUCCACCUGAGUUGUUUGCCCCAAUGCUAGAGAGCGUUAGGGAUGCCCAAAGCUUCACGAGAGAGGCCGUGUGACUAACGUUACAUGGCCCUAGAAUUGGACAUGACAAUCAUUUCAGGUUCAUAGAACAGACAACUGGCCUUCCAUCAGUAAGGUAGGGGGAAAAUACUAGUUUGACUGGGCUGUUUUUAUUUAUUUAUUUUAGUUAACUAGUUAACUGUAGAGUGUCAUGCAGGGCAACACUAGAGAGAGAGAGAGAGAGAGAGAGUGUGUGUGUGUGUGUGUGUGUGAGUGUGAGAGAGAGAGAGAGAGAGAGGUGAACGCUGGACGAAGGUUUACAAUUGAACCACCAUUAAACAAUUUGCAAUGUUUAUACACAAGUAUGUUGAGGAAAACAUGUUUGCCUCGAACGCCUGCCUCUGUUAAAAGAAUUUGAACUGCGUGCGUGUGUGUGUGCGUGCACUGUAUGGUGAGAUGAGGCUAAUGCAGUGUCUGCAGAGACACACAAGCUUUGUAGGAUAUUGAGCUGAAAUCAAGCACCAGCGCUGCCCUGUUGUCUUUGAUGAACUGUCUGCAAAGCUCUCCACGGCAUCGACGUCAUAUAUGAAAUGUCUGACUUUUUAGUUUCUUUAGUUCUAUUUGCGUUGGCACAGACAAUCCUCUGUGAAGGAUCAGUGAACUCUAAUGUUAAAAAGAGAUUUUUUUUUUUCUGUGUAUGUAAAGACGUAGGAAUUCAAGGCGAGUAUGUUAAUGAUUUGAGUGUGAACAUGUGUUUUGUUUUUAUUUGUUUUGUUUUUUGUUGAUUUUUGUUUUUGUUUUUGCUUUUCCUUUCCCUUACCCCUCGUUUGGACCUGAGGUGCAUGUUGUAGUGUUUUUGGGCAUGCUCAGAUCGUCUUGUUUGUUUGUUUGUUUGUUGUUUUGUUUGUUUGUUUUUUAACCCACUCCGUGCUGAAGCCCCCCCCCCCCCCCCCCCCCCCCCCCGCCAACACAGCCCACACAGGCAUGGCUCUGGACUGGGUUGCAGUUGGACCUGUUCCAGAUCGGGUCAGGAUUAGAGCCAGAUCAGGGCAGUUGUGUCAUGUCGGAUCCAAAUCAGAGAGGCUUAAAGCCAGAGGUGUGUUCAGAUGUUGGCGACGGCUCUGUUGCUCGCCAUUUUUGUUUACAGUUUAAAGCCAAUAAUUUGAGAAAUGUUCACACAGAAAAAGAUACAUUGAGCUUUUUGCCAAACUUGAACAUGUCUCUGGCCUUAGGCUCAACAUGCCAUUAGUCUGACUCUACAGGAUACACAAGCCCAGAUCGGGAUAGUUGGCUUCGUGUUGGCUUAGAUCUGACACCUGAAGCCAGGUGUGUGUUCAAAUUUGGGAAACAGAGUUGGACGUUUAAGCCCCAACUACAACUACAAACAGAGUUGGACGUUUGUAGCCCCCCCCCCCCCAUCUGGACUAGGGCUAGUCCGAGUUCUAGUCCGAUUCCAGACCCAGUCCAGAACCUGCCACUAAAUGGGCUCCAAUUCUGCCCCCUUUGGCUCCAAUUACGCCCCCUUUGGCUGCGUCUUCAAAUUAUUAGUACCGGUAGCUGAUUUUUCAUUUGUUAUGGAUUUCAGACUGAGGCGGUGCAACAAGAUUUUGAGGGGAGGGGAAAAAAAAAAUGUUUAAUGUAGAAUGCAAGCAGUCAAUGACUUUUAAAUGUUGAUUUUACUUUAGGCUUUAUAUUUUUUAAUAGUAGAUUUUUUUUUUUAUUAUUUUUAUUUUGUAGGGGGCCUUUUUAAGUUUUAUUUUGAAGUAGAUGUACAUCUAAUCAAAUGCCAAAUAAAUUGUAUCAUAAAAAAGUA